AUGUCUUCUUCUUCCUCCCGUGUGAGCCGUGCUGUGACUGUGAAUCUUCACGGACUCGCAGAGAUACAAAAUCACAGGUUAAUUAACCCGGUUGCGGCGGCUGCUCCGAAGUCCAAAGACUCCAAACCCUUCGGCCUUCAAUCACAGCUUCACUCCUUCGCUGUCGACGUCGCAGACUCGCAGGCAGCUUUCAAUUUCGGAUCUUCACUUGAAUCACUUCUCCUUCUCUGCCUGCCGCAAAUGGAACUGGCAAGACGCAAUUGUUGUAGAUUUGUGAGCUCUAACAUCCAAUUUAGUCGCUUCUUCUCUUGUGGUCCAUUUGACCCCCCUCCCCUCAUACCUCCUCGUAGGGUGGUUGUCACAGGUUUAGGGAUGGUUACACCAUUGGGUUCUGGUGUAGAAACUACGUGGAAGCGUCUAUUAGAAGGGGAAUGUGGAAUAAGGUCAAUAACUGUUGAGGAUCUCAAGAUGAAUGCGUUUGAUAUGGAGACGCAAUUGCGUACGUUUGAUCAAUUAACAUCCAAAGUCGCCGCAGUUGUUCCCUACGGAACCAACUCACAUGAAUUUAACGAGGAGUUGUGGCUUAACUCUAAGGAUCAUAGAUCUAUUGCCAGGUUUAUAGGCUAUGCAUUAUGUGCUGCUGACGAGGCUCUUAGAGAUGCAAAUUGGAUGCCCACCAAUCAGAAUGAGAAGGAACAAACGGGAGUUUCCAUAGGUGCAGGGACGGGUAGCAUCAGUGAUGUAUUGGAUGCUUCGAGAAUGAUCUGUGAGAAGCACGUACGUCGGCUCAGUCCAUUUUUUGUUCCUAGGAUACUGAUUAACAUGGCUUCUGGCCAUGUUAGCAUGAAGUACGGAUUCCAGGGACCAAACCAUGCUGCAGUGACUGCUUGUGCUACUGGGGCACAUUCCAUUGGUGAUGCUGCUAGGAUGAUUCAAUUUGGAGAUGUGGAUGUCAUGGUUGCCGGGGGAACAGAGGCAAGCAUUGAUGCUUUGUCUAUAGCAGGAUUCUGUAGGUCAAGGGCAUUGACGACCAAGCAUAAUGCUGCUCCUCGAGAAGCCUCGAGACCUUUUGAUUGUGGCCGUGAUGGAUUUGUGAUGGGUGAAGGUUCUGGUAUCGUGGUUUUGGAGGAACUGGAGCAUGCAAAGAAGCGAGGAGCUAAACUCUAUGCAGAGGUCCGCGGUUAUGGGAUGUCAGGUGAUGCAUAUCACAUAACUCAACCCCAUAGUGAUGGCAGAGGUGCUAUUUUGGCAAUGACUCGUGCUUUGAAACAGUCUGGUCUUGAUCCUAAUCAAGUGGAUUACGUAAAUGCACAUGCUACAUCUACUCCUUUGGGUGAUGCCGUGGAAGCCAAAGCAAUUCAAUCUUUAUUUUCCAGUCACGCAGUAUCGGGUGCUUUGGCCUUGUCCUCCACUAAGGGUGCUAUCGGACAUCUUCUUGGAGCAGCUGGAGCUGUUGAAGCAAUCUUUUCUAUAUUAGCCAUACACCAUGGAGUCGCACCCUUAACGCUUAAUCUCACAAAACCAGAUCCUGUGUUCAAUGGCAGUUUCAUGCCUUUGACUGCUUCAAAGAGGAUGACUAUUAGAGCAGCUCUUUCAAACUCUUUUGGCUUUGGAGGAACAAAUGCGUCCUUGCUGUUUGCUUCCAUCUCUUGA